AUGGCGGCGACUGAGAAGGAGCUGACCCCAGCCGAGGAUGAGAUCGAGGUAGCAACUACGAAUGACGCCGCCCACACUGAAGCCCCAAAUGCCGCUCCCGAGGCCAGUGCGCAAGAAGCAGACGCAGCAAACACGGGAUUGGCAUCUCGUCCCCGACGGUCCUUGAGAGGCGCAGGACGCGCCAUAGAGGACAGCAUUGUCAAGAAGACUGUCAAGAUCAUCGCCAAGCGGCCGCAGCGCAAAUGGGACGCCGAGCGCCUCCUCACAGACCCAAAGUCGCCCUUGGCCAAGGCCAAUCUUCGAACGAUUUUAACCAAUCCCUUAGCAUGGAGCAGUCUUGACGCAGACGACCAUGCAGAGAUUCUCGCCCACUUUCCCGACCAGCGCCACAUUCUCACAGCAGACGACGGCGCGGCGCGGCCCAACAUGGAGUCGCUGAUGAACGACGACAGCUUCCGGUAUGACUGCGCCGCGUACACUGAGAGCCUGGUGCAGGGGCGACACGACCCCGAGUGGCUGGCGCAGGCGUGGGCGGCGCACGAACGGCGCAAGGCGGGCGAUUUUAAGGAUUUUCUCCGCGCAAAGUUUGAGAGCGACUGGGAGGUAACGCUGCCGCCGGAACAAGGGGCAGAAAGGGAAAAGGAAGAAGAGAAAGGAGAGACAGGCGCGGAUCAUCAGGAUGUGAAAGAGGAAAGUAGCCAGGAAACUGAGACAAAGGAAGCUGUAGUAGACACAAACGGGUUGGAAGAGUGA